CAACAUGGGAAAGCUCUUCACAGCAAUUGUUAUGCAGAUCUUGUGGAGCUGCUCAGGAAUACCUGGACAGCAGACAUCACCAUUUCAAUUUACACAAACAGUAUACAAUACCACUAUAUAUGAAAACUCAGCUGCUAAAAGCUAUGUAGAAUGCCCAAUUAAAAUGGGAAUAUACAUCACAGACCCAUCCUGGGACAUUCAAUACAAAAUAGAAUCUGGAGAUGAAGAGGUUUUAUUCAAGGCUGAAGAAUAUGUACUGGGAGACUUCAGUUUCCUGCGAAUUAGGACCAAAGGAGGCAGCUCUGCAAUACUCAACAGGGAAGUGAAGGAGCACUACUCACUGAGAGUCAAAGCACUAAAAUGGAGCACCAACGCUGUCGCUCAAACAAAUGUUCAAGUGCGAGUUCUGGACACCAAUGAUCUCCGGCCUCUUUUCUCACCAACCUCCUACACUGUUUCCGUGCCUGAACACGCUGACAUCAGAACUAGCAUUAUGAGAGUCACCGCCACCGAUGCCGACGUCGGCUCAAAUGCAGAGUACUAUUUCAGCUUGGGAGGAGAACACACCCACACGUUUGCCAUUCAUCCUACCAGUGGCGUGAUUACUCUCAUGGCCAGGCUGGAUUACGCUGAGUGGAGGCUGUUUGAGAUGGAUGUCUUGGCUGUAGAUCGGGGCAUGAAACUCUAUGGGAGCAGUGGCUUCAGCAGCACAGCCAAGCUGACGGUCAGGGUACUGCAGGCCAAUGACCACGCUCCCGUCCUCACAGCUGUUCCCUUAGCUCCAUCAGCCACAGACACUGACCCUACAUAUGCUCUAGUAACCGUGGAAGACAAUGAUCAAGGGCCUAAUGGUGAGAUAGCAUCACUGAGUAUAGUAGCUGGGGACCCACUCCAGCAGUUUAGGGCAGUGAAAACCAGCCCUGCUGGAAAAGAAUACAGGGUCAAAGCCAUUAAGGAUGUGGAUUGGGAUAGUUGUCCGUUUGGAUUUAAUCUUACACUACAGGCCGAGGAUAAAGGUAGCCCACCACAGUUCUCCUCCGCUGAAGUCAUUAGAGUGAGAUCCCCACGUGUUGAUGUAAGGGCUCCUACAUUUGAAAAAAACAUUUACAGAGUCAACCUGACAGAAUUUUCCCCGCCCAACACUUCUGUUGUAAUGGUGAGAGCUAUGCCAAAUCACCCCAUGUUGAAAUACUCCAUCAAAUACCCCAAGAUCCAACAGAUCACUCAUCCUUUCACUAUUAAUUCAAACACAGGCUUGAUAACAACAACUGCAGCUAUCCAAGCUGACUGUGCCAGCAAGUAUGACUUUGAGGUCAUUAUUAAUAACCAAGAACAAGCAUCAACCAGGGUGGUCAUCAACGUGAUUGAUGUAAAUAAUAAUGCACCAGUUUUUCAGCAACUGUCCUACAAAGGCAAUGUCAAUGAAAAUGUACCAGUGGGGACCAGCAUCCUCACGGUCAGUGCCAGCGACAUGGAUGAAGGAGAGAAUGGUUACGUUACUUACACCAUCGCCAAUGUAAACCCACCACAACCUUUUACCAUAGAUUACUUCACAGGUGUCAUCAGCACUGCCAGGGAAUUGGACUAUGAAAAGAUGCCAAGGGUUUACAACCUCCGAGUCAGAGCUUCAGAUUGGGGCUCUCCUUUCCGCCGUGAAGUGGAGACUCCAGUUUCUAUUACACUCAACAACCUUAAUGACAAUGAGCCCUUGUUUGAGAAGGUUGACUGUGAAGUGAGCUUACCAAGAUACUACAGGGUGGGUGAGCAGAUAGUCGCGGUGUCUGCUAUCGAUGCAGACGACAUGGAAGGGGUUCAGCAUGUAGUCAUAGAUGGCAACAGCCUUGGUCUUUUUGACUUGACACCAGACACUGGGCUGUUAUCACUCAAGUUGCCCUUACAUGACGGUGAGGCUGCAAGGUUGUCCUUCCACUCCUUACAAAUUAGUGCCAACGAUGGGGAGACAUCAAGUAAGCCAAUGUUUGUGAACAUCACAGUCCUGUCUGGUUCAGGAGCCGUCUUUGAAAAGUGUGUGGAUACAGGAGUGGUUGGGCGUAUGGCUGAGAAGCUGCUUCUUGGCACCAUGCUCCCCUCUCAAAGAGAAGAUCAUUUUGAGGACAUUCAUUCAAUCAAUAAUUAUUUUCCUCACUUUGUGGACUCUACUCCUAAGGUCAUUGAGGUUAAAGAGGACCUACAAGUUGGGAUGAGGAUAGCUCAUCUUAGUGCCAUAGACGCAGACCAUGGCUUCAGUGGAACAUUGAUGUUUGUGAUAUCUGGAGGAGAUGUUGAGAGUCGUUUCAUGAUUGAAAUGGACACUGGUUGGCUAAAGAUUAUGGAGCCAUUAGACAGAGAAAUAAUGGAUAAGUAUACUCUCAACAUCACUGUGUAUGAUCUGGGAACACCACAGCGGUCAGCGUCACAUGUCUUACAGAUCAAUGUCCUGGAUUCAAAUGACAACAGCCCAAACUUCCUCCAGAGUAGCUACUCUGUAUCGAUAAGGGAGGAUACAGACGUAGGAACAGCUGUCAUUCAGGUUGAUGCCACAGAUAAAGAUUCAGGGGCCAACAGAAUCAUCAGAUAUUCAUUGAUGGCUGAGUCCGAUCACUUUGUCAUAGAUGACCAGACGGGAGUGGUGAAGGUUAAAAGUGCAUUGGACCGGGAGCUACACCCAACUAUUAUCCUAAAAGUUGUGGCCUGUGAUCAGGCAGUUGAUGAACCUCAGAUGGUUUCUACAGUAUCUCUGAAGAUAGUGUUAGAGGAUGUCAAUGACAACCCUCCUAGGUUUUUCCCCCUCCACCAGCGCGUGAAGGUGCCGGAGGACCUCCCGCUAGGGGCGGUGGUGGUCUGGCUACAGGCCCAUGACCCUGACCAAGGUCAGUCUGGACAGGUCCGUUUCAGCCUACUGGACAAUGGAGAUGGAGACUUUGAUGUUGAUAAAACAAACGGUGCUGUUCGUAUAUUAAGGACCCUGGACUUUGAGAGGAGACAGGUGUAUAACCUGACAGCCAGAGCCAAGGAUAAAGGGAAACCUGAGUCGUUGUCCUGCACAUGUUUUAUUGAAGUCUACGUAGUAGAUGUGGAUGAGAAUCUGCACCAGCCUCGGUUUGCCUUCUUUGUGGAUAAGGGAAGUGUGAGAGAAGAUGCUCCUACUGGCACAACUAUAAUGACAGUUACAGCACAAGACAAUGACCAAGGUAGAGCUGGAGAAAUACGCUAUUCUAUAAGGGACGGAUCAGGCCUCGGAGUAUUCACCAUAGAUGAAGAGAGUGGUGUCAUACAGACACAGGAGCUUUUAGACCAUGAGACCACCAAUCAUUACUGGCUGACUAUCUAUGGCACCGACCUAGCUGUGGUGCCUCAGUCGUCCUUUAUGGAGGUCUACAUUGAGGUUGAAGAUGUCAACGACAACGCACCACAGACCUCCGAGCCAGUCUAUUAUCCUGAGGUCAUGGAGAAUUCCCCCAAGGAUGUAUCUGUUAUCCAGGUUGAGGCGGUGGACCCUGACUCUGGGAACAGUGACCAGUUCGACUAUAAGAUAACCAGCGGGAACCCACAGGGAUUCUUCAGCAUCGACUACCAGACGGGUUUGGUGACAACCACUUCCAGAAAACUGGACAGAGAGCACCAAGAGGAACAUACACUGGAGAUCACAGUAACAGACAAGGGCGUGCCAGCCAGGUCCACAGCUGUCCGGGUGGUGGUGAGGGUGCAGGAUGAGAACGACAACACCCCACAGUUCCUGGAGAAGAUCUAUAAGGUCCAGCUCCCAGAGAGGGACAGGUCAGACAGGGACAGGUCAAAUGGAGACAGGGAGAGACCAACAGAGAGGAUCGAGCCAAUCUACAGAGUGAUCGCCUCUGACAGAGACACGGGCCCCAACGCUGAGAUGUCCUACAGCAUCGAGGGGGAAGACGAUCAGGGGAGGUUCUUCAUCGAACCCCAAACUGGCCAUGUGUUCUCCAGAGAGGUUGUCUCGGCAGGACAGCAUGCCAUCCUUACAAUUAAAGUGGUGGACAACGGGAGACCCCAAAGGUCCUCAACCUGUCGGCUGCACAUUGAGUGGAUUGUGAGGCCUGAGCCCUCCUCUGAGCCCUUGGUGUUUGAAGAGACCUCCCUCGUCUUCUCUGUCAUGGAGACUGACCCAGUGGCUCACAUGGUGGGGGUCAUCUCCACCCAACCCAUAGACGCACCUGUCUGGUUCCAAAUCACAGGUGGCAACGCUGACAGCCGCUUCGAUGUAGGCAAGGGCAGUGGAACCGUCAUUUUAGCCAAACCCCUCCAUGCAGAACCAAAAUCAAAUUACAGCCUGACAGUGGAGGCAACAGAUGGAAACAGAUACAUCAGCACCCAGGUGUUCAUCAAAGUGAUUGACACCAACAACCACCAGCCCCAGUUCUCUCAGCCCCAGUAUGAGGUCAGCAUCCCAGAGGACACAGCACCAGAAACAGGCAUUCUGCAGCUCAGUGCCACAGACAGAGACCAGAGGAACAAGCUAACCUUCACUCUGCUGAGCAGCACUGAUCUCUUCAGCCAGAGGAGGUUCAGGCUGGACCCUGGGACGGGACAGCUCUACACCACAGAACCACUGGACCACGAGGUCAUGAACAAACACACCCUCACUGUCAUGGUGUGUGAUGAUUGUGUGCCUGUAAAGCGUAACCUGGUCAGAGUGAUAGUUAACGUGGAGGACACCAAUGAUAACACCCCCUGGUUCACCAGCCCCCAGUACUCAGGCCAGGUGUUUGAGUCAGCUGCUGUGGGAUUGGCUGUACUUCAAGUUUCUGCUCAGGACCGAGACAGAGGAAGCAAUGCAGAGAUCAGCUACAUCAUAGAGUCAGGGAACGAGGACAACUCGUUUGCUAUCGACCUCGUCCUGGGGACCAUUACAGUGGCUAAGGAGCUAGAUCGUGAUGACAAGAGUCAGUUUGAACUGGCUGUAAAGGCGUCAGACAGAGGAGCGCCUCCACUGAGUGCGGUGACAACAGUACGUAUAGCUGUCACUGUGCCAGAUAACGCCAGGCCCAGGUUCCCUGAGGAGGAGAUCUCAGCUGUUAUCAGUGAGACAGCCCCUGUAGGGAGCUUAGUUACUCUGCUCUCUGCCUCCAGUCACUCUUCCGUCCUCUACCAGAUCAGAGAGGGAAAUGUCAAUAACGCCUUCCAUAUCAAUCCAACCUCUGGGGUUGUUGUCACUCAGAGGCUGUUGGACUAUGAGAGUGUGUCUUCAUAUAGACUGACAGUGCAGGCCACCAACAUGGCAGAGAUGGUGAACUAUGUUACAGUCCUUAUUCACCUCAGAGAUGAGAAUGACAACAGUCCAGUGUUCACACAGACAGAGUUCAGAGGAGUUGUCAGUGAGUCCGCCCCUGUUAACAGUGUGGUGCUAACCAAUGGAAGGUCUCCUCUGGUUAUCCAAGCCACUGAUGCUGACAGUGAUCUGAAUGGCAGGCUGGUCUACCAGAUUGUAGAGCCCUAUGCCCUUGAAUACUUCGCCAUUGACUCCAGCACCGGAGCCAUUCGCACUGUCACUGGCCUGGAUUAUGAGCAGAGGUCAGAGUUCAACUUCACUGUGCAGGUCCAUGACAGUGGAAAGCCACAACUUUUCUCUGAGAUCAUAGCCUAUGUCACCAUCCACAUCACUGAUGUCAAUGAUUGCCCCCCAACAUUCAGCCAAGACGUGUUUGAGACGUCUGUCAUAGUGCCAACCUACAGUGGAGUGAAGGUGAUUUCUAUAAACGCCACUGAUCUGGAUUCAGGAGCUGGUUCCAAACUACUGUUCUCUAUCUCAGAUGGAAACAUAGGAGGUCAAUUCAUGAUUGAUCCCAAGUCAGGCGUUAUUUCUGUUUUGAAUCCAGCCCAGUUGCGAAAUGGGUACAAGUUGACAGUCGGCGUGUCUGAUGGGAAGUUCACCAAGACUGCCAUGGUCAAAAUUAACAUAAGAGAGAAUCAGAACAAAGAUCUGGCGUUUGCCGAGGACCUGUAUACUGUCUCUCUACCAGAGAACUCAUCUGAGAGGAAAACUCUGGCUGUGGUGACUGCUGCGAGAAAAAGGUUAAACGAACCUCUAUUUUACACCAUCCUGAACCCACAGGGGAGGUUUGAAAUUGGACACACCUCUGGUGUGCUGUUUACGACGGGAGUACCUUUCGAUCGAGAGGAACAGGAUACAUUUGAGAUCGUUGUGGAGGUGACGAAGGAACACAGAUCCUCAGGGGUGGCUCAUGCUCUUGUGGUGGUGACCAUUGAAGAUGUAAAUGACAAUGAGCCUGUGUUCGUGGGACUCCCCUACUCAGCCCUGGUGCAGUUAGAUUCGGCAGUGGGUCAGGUUGUCAGGCAGAUAACCACAGUGGAUAAAGACAUUGGUAGGAAUGCUGAGAUCAAAUACCAGCUGAAAGAAGACUGGGGAUAUUUUCAGAUCAGCCCCUCAGGUGAAAUCUCACUCAAAGGGACCAUUCACCCAAAAGACGUUGACACUAAGUUUGCAAUCAGCGUCAUCGCUAAAGACAGAGGGGACCCAUCUCUCUCGGCAACAGUGGAGGUGGCUGUGUCAGUGGUGAGCAAAGCCGUACCUGUGUUUGAAAAAUCAUCCUAUGACAUAGUUAUACCAGAGGAUGUUCCAUUAGACACCUCCAUUGUGAAGAUCCAGGCCAAUGCUUCAGAGGGACCAAGGACUGUCUAUAGCAUAUCAAAGGGAGACCCUUUAGGUCAGUUCUCCAUUAGUUUCAUCACUGGUGUCUUCCAUGUUGUACAGCCGUUGGACUACGAGACCCACCCAGCAUACAGACUUAGUAUCCGAGCCUCAGACUCACUUACAGGGGCUCACUCUGAAGUGUUCCUUGACAUUAUCUUGGAGGACGUCAAUGAUAACGCACCGACUUUCAAAGAGAGGUUAUAUGAGGCCAGUGUGUCUGAGUUGUCUGACAUUGACUCGUCAGUGUUACAGGUGUCUGCUAUAGACUCAGACUCGGGCAACAACAAAGUGCUGUUUUACCAGUUAGUGGAGGAGGAGGGUGGCUCAGAAUACUUCACCAUUGACCAAGAGAGUGGGGUGAUCAUGACCUCUGGCCUGUUAGACUUUGAGGUGGGACCACAACAUAGGUUGGUGGUCAGAGCUGUGGAUGGGGGUGUCCCUGCCCAAUCCAGUGAGGUCCAGGUCAUCAUCUCAGUGACAGACAUCAAUGACAACCCACCAGUCUUCACACAGCAUCUGUAUAAGGCUAUGGUCAGCCAGCUGGCCCAAAGGGGUCAUUUUGUAGCCUGUGUGAGGACCUCUGAUGCUGACCUGUCAGACACUGACCGCCUGGAGUACUCCCUACUCUCUGGCAAUGAGGACUCCAGCUUCACCAUAGAUGGAAGGAGUGGAGAGAUUGUCAUAUCGAAAUACCGCAAGCUGAACAGGGAGACACUCUAUAACCUCAGUGUGUCUGUGUCUGAUGGGCUUUAUAGUAGUGUAUGUAAUGUACAGGUCACAGUGGUCACUUCUAACCUCCACAGCCCCUCUUUCUCCCACACUGACUCUGUUGUAGAGCUGUUGGAGAACUCACCUGUUGGCACGUUGGUCACUCAAGUCACAGCUACCGAUAAAGAUCUUGGAGUGUAUGGCAAGGUGACAUAUUACAUAGUGAAUGAUGUGGUAAAGGACAAAUUCACUAUCAAUGAAAAUGGGGAGAUUUUUACUGUGGAAAGCUUAGACAGAGAAAAUGUCAUCAGUAACCUAAUCUCUAUUAGUCUGAUGGCUAAAGAUGGAGGGGGAAAGCUAGGCUUCACCUCUGUCAACGUGAUUCUGACUGAUGUUAACGAUAACGCUCCUCAGUUCAGGGCAGCAGAAUACAAAGCCAAUAUUCCCAGGGACGUCUCUGAAGGAACUGUCAUAGUCAGAGUUACUGCUGUGGACGCAGAUGAAGGCAGCAAUGCUGACAUCACUUACACUGUACAAUCUGAGGUGGGAGGUUUUGACAUACAUCCUCUCAAUGGUGAUAUAAUUGCCACAAAUAAUUUUACAGCUUAUAAAAAUGACCUCUUUUCCUUUUAUGUGAGUGCUAAAGACGCUGGAGAUCCACCGAAAAAAACUUUGGUGCCAGUAUAUAUCAGACUACUGCCCAAGGAGGUGACCGUGCCAAAACUAGUUGAGUUACAGAAGAGAUGGUCAGUCAGUGAGGGUCUUCCUAUAGGUUCUGAGAUUGAUGUCAUCCAAGAGAGUGAGCAGCUUUUGGUAUACAACCUUGUUAAAGGCAGCACCCCUGAGAGCAACCAAGACCAAGUCUUCGUUGUCAACACAGACACAGGGAAGCUCAAACUAGCCAAACGUCUUGACUUUGAAACCACUAAAUGGUACCUGCUGACUCUGCAGGCACAGGGCGACCUAGAGGACAUUGAUGUGGUUACUACUGUUCAACUCCAUAUUCAGGUACAGGACGUCAACGAUAACAGUCCACAGUUUGAAUCGGACUCUUACAGAUCAUUUGUUGUUGAGAACCUACCUAAAGGGACCUCAGUGAUUCAGGUGAAAUUUGACAAUCAGGAGACUGUAAAACUAUCAGGAGACUAUCAGGAGACUGUAAAACUAUCAGGAGACUAUCAGGAGACUGUAAAACUAUCAGGAGACUAUCAGGAGACUGUAAAACUAUCAGGAGACUAUCAGGAGACUGUAAAACUAUCAGGGGACUAUCAGGAGACUGCGGCGUGGCAGGGUGGGAGCCACACUGCACACUGCCACCCCUCUCCUCAGCAUGGGCACGGGGUCUGGGUCAGGGGUGCUGUGCUCUGUGGGUUCCACCAACCCAAGACCUUCGCAAGAACCCUUGUUCAGGUUGUGGCAUCCGUCCUGUUUGGCCCUCUUCCGGACGGCUACAAAGAGCAGAGACAGGCCCAAGAUGGUAACCAGGAACAGGGCCAGUCCAAGGAGUUCCUCCAGGCCGAUGGACCAGCUGGUGAACAGCAGCUCGUUCCUGACCAACACCUCGAGCUCACACUGCCGCCCAACGAACCCCACCACGCAGCUACAGUUGAAGGAGCCUUUUUCACCAACAACAACAAUGCUAUGAGAAAUGUCCAACCCAACAGGAUAGCAGACACGAUGAAGAUGGUAAAAGUUCUUUGGGAGAGCUUACCUGGAGGUCAAGUCCAGCCGGGGGAGUCCCAGUCUACUUGGGACGUUCCACCACAGAUCCCAGUUAGACCCAUCUCCUAUACCCCUAGUUACCCCAGCAACUCACGCCACAACCUGAACAAGGGUUCUUGCGAAGGUCUUGGGUUGGUGGAACCCACAGAGCACAGCACCCCUGACCCAGACCCCGUGCCCAUGCUGAGGAGAGGGGUGGCAGUGUGCAGUGUGGCUCCCACCCUGCCACGCCGCCUGCAUUCCAACACCCCUUCAGAGACGGAGUCCAUCCAGAAACCCUGCUGGGACUACCACUAUGAUGAAGAGGUAGUGGAGCUGGAUCCGGUCUCCACUCAGAGAUCUAAGAAAGACCUGGAAAACCGUAGCAGUGCCUCAGAGUCCCUCUGUUCCUACCAGUCAGGAUCAGGAGAUGAGAACGGCUAUCACUGGGACACAUCUGAUUGGAUGCCGAGUGCUCAGCGUCCCGUAGACCAGGAACUGUUGCAGAGUAUAUGUAUAGAAAAGCCUGCCCCCUCCUGCACUGACUCUGACCCUGAGCUCCUCAACCUUGACUGCUAUUUAGGAGGUAUAGACAUUGAGAGUGACUCCACCAACUGAUUUCCUUUCUCUGGGUCUGGAUGAUGUCCCCCAUACCUGUUAGGCAUCAGGUCCAGUUAUGAUGACUCCAUCCAGACACAUACUUCACCUGUAGCCAGCAGGGGGAAAACAUUUACCAGCACCAGCAGCACCACCUCUACCCUACAGACCCCACUAAGCACCAAGGCAGUAACACAGGUAUCAGCAGGGUGCAUAUAGGGACACAAAGUGACCCCUUGGACAUGAGUUGUGGAUAGGAGCUCAGCAGCAGUGUGCCCGUCUCCCAUGCCUCCAGCUCUGACCUGUCAGGCUUGGGUGAGGGGUCAGAGUGACCAGCAGGCUUGUUUGGUUAUCUCACAUCCUAACCUCUGGACACAAGGCCUCUGACAGGCGACUGAAACUAUAAACUUCACUUAGAGAAUUCAGAGAUAGACCCUGAUGAUCAGAGCGUUGGCUCUCUAUUGGAAAUAUGUCUUGGUAGUCUUAAUCAAAUCUACUUUGAAACAAAAGUAUACAUCUCAUACACAUGGUUAUGGGCUUUAAAAAAAUAAGACCCCUUUACCAUGUCAGAUAUAGAGUUAAAAUGUAUUACACUUUGAGUUUGCAUCCCAAUAUUACACUUCAUAUACUUCACAGAAGACUGAAAUAUAACAGAACCAUGAGAUUUUUGGCGUGUUGUAAAAUAAUGUUUAUUAAUUAUGAAAUUAUAAAAAAUAUGAAUAACAUUCCACCCAUGAGGCCACUAUAGGGCAAUUUGGUCAUUUGACUGCAGGACAGGUGUAGUGAAUGUUAUGUAAUUUCAGAAGAAAAAGCUCACACCUUACGUCCAUCUCUAAUGGCUAAUACUGUAAAUACCAUACAUGUCUGCAUAUUCUUAUCCGUGAUAUUGCAUGAAGCUUAUGUUAGGUUUAUACUGAUUAUAUAUUAAUUAGCUCUUUGAUUGUACUGUACAAUAAACAUUUAUAUAAAUGAUUCUGCCAUUGAAUCAUUGCUGUUACAUUUGUUUUAAUAAAUGAAUACAGAUCAGUCAGCAGAAGGGACAGCCAUACUGUUUUAGCAUUAGCUAUCCUGUUGUCCUGCCAUACCCUGCUAUCAUCAGUAAGGAAGGAGAAGAGGAUGAGAGGAAAGUCCUCUUUUUGACCUCAAGCUCAUUCUUUUAAAAAGGGGAUAACAGUUUCUAACUUCUACUUCGGACUGAUAUGUUUAAAGUUGGACUGAAUAGGACUUUCACCAAAGAAUGAAGCAUUUUACUUUGGAACACUUUCAAUUUUUUUUAUUUACUCUAGUUUAACUUGUGAGAUGUAAAAGAGCUGGGCUUCUUCCCAAAUGGCACCCUAUUCCCUAAGUAGUGCACUACUUUUGACCAAAUCCCAUAAGGGUGUAAUGCACUAUGUAGGUAAUAGGGUGCCAUUUGUGACGUACACAUGGGCAUCAAAGGAAGACUGCUGCUCAUCCCCUCACCAGAUGCACUUGACUUGAUGGUGGUCAUGGAGCCUGUCGAUAGUAUGGUCACCUCUACUUCUUAUGCGGUUUCCAUUGGAGGAAAAUCAUUUUAGAAGCUGUUGUUUAUGUUUACAUGUUUCUCAAGGAAAAUAUAGCUCUUUUCACAAGGUUAACCCUCUGUGAGAAAUAGAAUGAUAGAUACUUCUGUUUCCAUAGGAUCUUAUCACACUACAGCAAGCCAGAGAUGCACAACAAAUAUAUUGUAUCCGUUCUGUUCAGUCCUGUAUAAAUGAGCUCAAUAUGAUGUAAAACAAAAUAUAUAGAGAACCAGUCAAAAGUUUGGACACACCUACUCAUUUCUAGGUUUUUCUUUAUUUUUACUAUUUUGACAGCUAGGAUUAAUAAUCUAUUUUAAGUGCGGCCCUCCAGACCUCGGUGAAGAUGGAAUGUGGCCCACAGGGAAAUUGAGUUUGACUCCCCUGUUUUAGAGUAGGUUCUUGAUGGUGAGAGCUAAAGAUGCUCAUUGCAUAGCACAAGAUGGCAGUAUAACCCCAGAAAGCUUUUCUUGGGAAUGGUGUGGAUUAGACACCAUAAGUAACCUGGAUUCAUGUGGUCGAGCUCAGAUGUCAAUGUUCCUCUGAAUGGAUGUGUCUGUCACGUUAAGACAUUUAUUUCCUUUUUGUCAUUAUUUAGUAUGGUCAGGGCAUGAGUUGGGGUGGGCAGUCUAUGUUUGUUUUUCUAUGAUUUGGGUAUUUCUAUGUUUCGGCCUAGUAUGGUUCUCAAUCAGAGGCAGGUGUCAUUAGUUGUCUCUGAUUGAGAAUCAUACUUAGGUAGCCUGGGUUUCACUGUGUGUUUGUGGGUGAUUGUUCCUGUCUCUGUGUUUGUUUUCACCUGAUAGGCUGUUUAGGUUUUCUCACAUUUAUUGUUUUGUUAGUUUAUUCAUGUAUAGUGUCUUUAUUAAAGUACCAUGAAUAACCACCA